AAAACCAAUUGUCAAUGUCAACCAUCCAACAUAAACGAAAUUAAAAUAAACAAAUCUAAAAGCGUUAGUUAUACUGCGGCGCAUAUUCUUGUAAUUUCUCAAUUUUCUCCUUUCUUCUUCUAUUUAUGUCUGGAAUGAUAACGCGGGCAACAGUAAGAGCUUUCUCAACGGAGGCGUUACGUGUUGUCAACAAUGUUGCUAUGCAACAGUUCACCGUAACACUCAAGAACGAAAAUGCGGUGUUAGGCUAUCGGCUAGUAGGAAAACAUAUAACUUUCGAUCAUACAGACGUUCCACCGGUGUUUCAAGGUAAAGGCGUGGGGAAACUGCUAGCUAAGUAUGCAUUUGAUCACGCUCAAAGUAACAAACUGGAUGUAACAUGCAGGUGUCACUUUCUGGCCAAAUAUUAUGAGAAGAAUGCGUCAAAAUAUAAAGGCCUGAAAGUUAAAAUGGACUUAGAAUAAAAAAAAACUAAACAUGGAGGCAGCAUGGCAUAGAUGUAAUAUUAAUUAUUAUUUAAGAGAAAAAUGUUAUGGAAAAGCUAAAACUAUUGCCAAACUGGCAUCAUCCCAGUACCCUGAUAUAAUAGAGUAUCCGUUUUAUCAUGGCUUAGCUCAGAUACUUGAAGGACAGAUCCAAAAAGGAAUUAAUGAAUUAACUCCAUUACAGUCUGACAAAGAUAUACAAUUGGCGGUUGUUAUUGCUCUAAUUUAUGGUCAUAAACUUGCUAGUUCUGUUGAAAGAGAUGCCUUAUAUGGUCUUGAAUCCAAACUGAAAGAGGAAAGGAAGCAAGCAACUGCAACAUCAUACUAUUACUCAGGCUUGUUUCUUUCUUUAGCCGGAAAAUAUGAGAAGGCCUCUGAAUAUAUUAACAAAUGUCUGAAAAAAGACUCAAACAACAUAAAUGCCAUUAUUCUAAAGAGUUGGAAUGAUAUGUAUAUGUAUAUUGGUGACAUGCAGGGAGCAAUUUUGGAUUGCUUAGAGCUGGCUCUCAGCAAGAGUGACCGCAAUGUAGAGGCUUUGCUCGGUUUAGCCAAAUUUAAAUACUUUGCUAAAGACCAUGAAGCAUCUAAUCUCACUUUGGACAGAUUGAUUGUCAGCAGCCCUGGACAAGUAGUGCCAUUGAUUGAAAAGUUAAAAAACGAAUUUGCAAUGCAGAAGUGGGAGCCAGUGUAUGACACUAUUGACAGAAUUUUUCACUUGGAAUGUGAUAAUAUUGUGGCAUUGAGAAUCCGGAUUUAUAUUGCUUUAUGCAAAAAUUCAGACUACAUUGAAGCUGCUGAUCAAUUAAAUAAGUUUUAUGGAGUGUUGGAGAAUGAAGAGACAUAUAAUGGCUUUCAAUUUUACAAAACAACUCAAAUAUUUUCAAGGGCCUGCGGCAGAUCAAGUGCAGUCCUCUCUCAAGUUUACAGAUUUGCACAAUAUGCUUCAGAAAUGUAUUCAAACAAUGUGGAUUAUUUAAGUGAGGUGGGAUACCAAUGUGUCCUUCAAGGAAAGCAUAAAGAUGCUUUGAGCUUUUUUAAGGCGGCCAGUAAAAUCGACAGUAACUCUAUUACCGCAUUAUGUGGGCUGACCCUUUGCCAGAUGUAUGAAAAUGGGCCUACUGAACAAAUCUCACAACAAAUAGAGUUAUUGUUUGAAAUGCAAGGCUCAAAAAAGGUGCCAAUUUUAUAUUUACUUUCAGCGCAGUUGAAUUUGAAAAACUCAUCAACUGCUGUGGCUUUGCUUAACACUGCUUUUGAAGCUAAAAUCUCUUCAGCUAACAAAUAUCCUUUUGGAUUGACAUAUGUAAAGGAUCUUGAUCCCGAUUUCUUGCUUGAACUGUACAAAGAGUACAAGAAACAUUUGCCAAAGAAACCAUUUGUGAUUGUUGGUUACUUGUUAUAUUCGCAAGAGAGCAGUCCUUUAGUUUCAAACUGCUUGAAUAUUCUGGAGACAGCGUGCAAAGCUUGCCCUGGCUUGAUUACGGGCUUAUACGAACUUGCCAAGUUAAAGUUUCUGUUUGGUUAUUCAAAUGAAGCACAGAAGUUGGCUCUACAAGUUGGUGAACUUGAUAAUACACAUGCGGGCAGUCAAGUGCUGUUGGCUCAAAUUUACAUUCAACAACAAGCCUUUACUAAAGCGGCUCAAGCUUUAGAGUUGUGUUUAAGCUACAAUUUCAAAGUCCGAGACAGUGCUAUAUACCAUUUCUUGAAUGGAGUGAUUUUGAAAAGCGCUAACCAGCUUCAAGAUGCUUUAUCGAGUUUCAACACAAGCUUGCAGAUAACCACUAGCAAAACCAGUAAUGCCAGUCGCCAAUUUGAAUCAGAUUUGAACAUCAUCGACAAGGCCACUUUGUAUUUACAAAUUAUAGAAAUACAAACAUCUUUGGGGCAGUUAGCUGAAGCUGGGAAAACUAUGCAGGAAGCGAUUCAAGAAUUUUCUUAUACCUCAGAAGAAAGUCGCCUCCUUAUAGCUCGUGCAGACCUGGCUCUAAAGAAAGGUGACGUAGACGGGGCUAUUGACAUCCUAAACGAAAUAAAACCAGGCCAGCCGUAUUACUUCCAGGCCCAUAGCAAAAUGGCCCAUAUAUAUCUUCAAGAGAAGAAAGACCGGGCUAUGUUCACGACUUGUUUUAAAGAGGUAGUCAGCAAUCACCCUAUGGCUGAUGCCCAUACUAUGAUGGGCGAUGUUUAUAUGUCAAUUCAUGAGCCAAUCCAAGCAGUGGAGUCAUACGAGGCGGCCCUCCAGAGUAACCCGAAGGACGUGAAUUUGGUCCGUAAGCUUGGCGAGGCGCUGGUGAAGACGCAUCGGUACGACGCCGCCGCGCAGCAUUAUGAGGCAAACAUUAAACUGCUUAAUGAUGAUACACUCAGAUUUGAGUAUCUUGAGCUUCUUGUCAAGUUAAAACAAUAUGACAAAGUGGACUCGGUGAUAUCCGCCGACCUGAACGAAAUGUACAACAAGGGUAAAGACAUCCCGACUUUGAAGCGGCGAGUCAAUCUCCUCCUCCUACAAGCCAAGAGCCGUGAGCUCAAGAACCCGACCGCCGGGAACACGCAUCUGAUUCUCACUGAGGCGAGGGACUUGCAGGCAGCUAUAGUGAAAAGGAUAGAGAUAGACUCGCGAGGGGACCUGCAAGAAGAGCGGCGGCAGUUGUCUCACAUUUUCUGCUGCUUGGCGAAAGUCAAGUCAACGAAGGAGCCGGCAGUGGCCGCCAACCUGUACUCUGAGGCUCUUAUACAGGCCCCGAGAGACCCUAACACGUUGCUGGCGCUGGCCAAGUUGUUCGCACAAAUGAACAAUCCAGAGAAGUGUGAGCAAACGUGCGCCAUUCUGUUGAACACUGACCCGAACAACGAAUCUGCUGCGGUUAUGAUGGCCGAUCUAGCUUUUCGAAAAGUGGAUCUAGAAACUGCCCAACGCCACCUGACUCAGAUUCUCUCAGUGAAACCGAUGAGCUGGGAGGCACUAGCACAACUCAUAGAAGUACAGUGGCGGCGCGGCAAGCUCGCCGACGCGGAGCCAGCGUUAGACGCGGCCAAGCUGGAGCUCGGAGACGGGGACGACCCAGGCUACCAGUACUGCAGCGGCGUGAUGUCCGUGUACGCCGGGCGGGCGAACGCGGCGCUCCGGCAGCUGAACCAGGCGCGGCGCGGCCCGCGCUGGGGGCACGCGGCGGCGCGGCGCAUGGUGCUGCUGUGCCUGGCGCAGCACGCGCCCGCCCCGCACGACGCCGGCAACGAGGACGAUACAAGAAUGCUAGCGCUCAAAACGGCCGAAAAACUGCUAGCGGAAGUAGCGCCCGGAGACCGUAAAGCCUUGCAAGCGCUAAUCCAGCUCGCUACGAGACAGAAGAGCAUGGCAGAGCGCGUGCUGCAAGACCUGCUGCCUGCCAUCACCGACGACGCCGGGCAGGAUGACCCGUACCUCAUACUGGCUAUCGCUAACGCUUACAAUAUCGUGAAACAACCAACGAGAGCCAAGAACAUCUUAAAGCGGACUAUAUCGUCCAUACCUUGGACACCGGAGAAGGCUGAUGGUUUAGAGAGAUGCUGGUUGGAAGUUGCCGACGGCCAAGUGAGCUCCGGACGGGUGGACGCCGCGAAAGAACUGCUGACUAAGGUCCUCAACCAUAACAACUCGUGCUCCGCCGCUUAUCAACUCUUAGGUUAUAUAGCUGAAAAGGAACAGAACUACAAAAGCGCCGCCCAAAACUACGAUAACGCGUGGUCAUUCGGAGGCAAGAGCGAUCUCUCCGUCGGCUACAAACUCGCCCAUGCAUAUCUGAAGCUUAAGAAGUACCCCGAGUGCAUCGUAGUCUGUCGACACAUACUAAAGACACAUCCCGACUAUCCCAAGCUUAAGAAAGAGAUAUUGGAGAAAGCUAAAACUAAUUUAAGAACAUAGGAUCCGUAGGGUUUAACUUUGCUCUUAAACUACGACAACGCAUGGUCUUUCGGAAGCUAGAGCGAUUUCUUCGUCGGCUACAAACUCGCCCACGCAUAUCUGAAGCUUAAGAAGUACCCCGAGUGCAUCGUAGUCUGUCGACACAUACUAAAGACACAUCCCGACUAUCCCAAGCUUAAGAAAGAGAUAUUGGAGAAAGCUAAAACUAAUUUAAGAACAUAGGAUCCGUAGGGUUUAACUUUGCUCUUAAACUACGACAACGCAUGGUCUUUCGGAAGCUAGAGCGAUUUCUUCGUCGGCUACAAACUCGCCCACGCAUAUCUGAAGCUUAAGAAGUACCCCGAGUGCAUCGUAGUCUGUCGACACAUACUAAAGACACAUCCCGACUAUCCCAAGCUUAAGAAAGAUAUAUUGGAGAAAGCUAAAACUAAUUUAAGAACAUAGGAUCCGUAGGGUUUAACUUUGCUCUUAAACUACGACAACGCAUGGUCUUUCGGAAGCUAGAGCGAUUUCUUCGUCGGCUACAAACUCGCCCACGCAUAUCUGAAGCUUAAGAAGUACCCCGAGUGCAUCGUAGUCUGUCGACACAUACUAAAGACACAUCCCGACUAUCCCAAGCUUAAGAAAGAGAUAUUGGAGAAAGCUAAAACUAAUUUAAGAACAUAGGAUCCGUAGGGUUUAACUUUGCUCUUAAACUACGACAACGCAUGGUCUUUCGGAAGCUAGAGCGAUUUCUUCGUCGGCUACAAACUCGCCCACGCAUAUCUGAAGCUUAAGAAGUACCCCGAGUGCAUCGUAGUCUGUCGACACAUACUAAAGACACAUCCCGACUAUCCCAAGCUUAAGAAAGAGAUAUUGGAGAAAGCUAAAACUAAUUUAAGAACAUAGGAUCCGUAGGGUUUAACUUUGCUCUUAAACUACGACAACGCAUGGUCUUUCGGAAGCUAGAGCGAUUUCUUCGUCGGCUACAAACUCGCCCACGCAUAUCUGAAGCUUAAGAAGUACCCCGAGUGCAUCGUAGUCUGUCGACACAUACUAAAGACACAUCCCGACUAUCCCAAGCUUAAGAAAGAGAUAUUGGAGAAAGCUAAAACUAAUUUAAGAACAUAGGAUCCGUAGGGUUUAACUUUGCUCUUAAACUACGACAACGCAUGGUCUUUCGGAAGCUAGAGCGAUUUCUUCGUCGGCUACAAACUCGCCCACGCAUAUCUGAAGCUUAAGAAGUACCCCGAGUGCAUCGUAGUCUGUCGACACAUACUAAAGACACAUCCCGACUAUCCCAAGCUUAAGAAAGAGAUAUUGGAGAAAGCUAAAACUAAUUUAAGAACAUAGGAUCCGUAGGGUUUAACUUUGCUCUUAAACUACGACAACGCAUGGUCUUUCGGAAGCUAGAGCGAUUUCUUCGUCGGCUACAAACUCGCCCACGCAUAUCUGAAGCUUAAGAAGUACCCCGAGUGCAUCGUAGUCUGUCGACACAUACUAAAGACACAUCCCGACUAUCCCAAGCUUAAGAAAGAGAUAUUGGAGAAAGCUAAAACUAAUUUAAGAACAUAGGAUCCGUAGGGUUUAACUUUGCUCUUAAACUACGACAACGCAUGGUCUUUCGGAGGCAAGAGCGAUCUCUCCGUCGGCUACAAACUCGCCCACGCAUAUCUGAAGCUUAAGAAGUACCCCGAGUGCAUCGUAGUCUGUCGGCACAUACUAAAGACGCAUCCCGACUAUCCCAAGCUCAAAAAGGAGAUAUUGGAGAAAGCUAAAACUAAUUUAAGAACAUAGGAUGCGUAGGGUUUAACUUUGCUCUUAAUUUACGACAAAGCACGGUCCUUCGGAAGCUAGAGCGAUCUCUCCGUUGGCUACAACUACAAACUACCCCAAGCUUAAGAAAGAGUUAUUGGAGAAGGCUAAAACUAAUUUAAGAACAUAAACAUACAUUUUGGUCGUGUGCAAAUGGUCGUGGCUUUGAUAGUAGCGUUCGUCGUCUGAUCUCCCAACCCCUAGGGUGGAGGAAUUCUAUAUGCACCUGAUUUACGACAUAGAAUAAGAGCCAGUUGAAAAACUGAUUAACGUAAGACGAUUACAAGACACAGGUGGAAACUACCACGUGGAUUUGGACCUGCCAUAUCAUACAUUUAUUUAUUCGGCUACAAGUUCGCUGAUUUUGGUCUUUGUAUGCUUUUAUCAAGGUCAUAAAUAUCCGUCCUUUUCUACUAAAUGUAUAAAAUACAGAAGGUGCUUGUAAAUAAAUGAAAAAAGUUGUUUAAAAAUACUUUAACUCCUGCAUAAUAAUAAUAUGUUGUAUGGCGACGUUCAUGUGAAGCUUUGUUAUUUUGGCACUGAAAUUCACUGAAUUGUUUUAAUUUGACUAAGUAGUACUUAACUUAAAAUGUGUUAGUAUUUAGGUAAAAGAGCACAAUAAAACGAAUAUUUUAAAACAUGCAUAAAUAUUUAAUUAAUCAAACUGUUUUGUGACCUUGCUACACAAAUAUUAGUCAAAAUACUGUUGCGAUUUAAACACUAAAACAGGGGUACCCAACCUUUUUUCCUUCUGCUGAUAAAUCAUAUUAUCAUAGUAAAAUGCAAUUGAAAAUGUUUUUGUUUUCUGG